AUUGCCAAGAAUUCGAGAAAACCUCGUCUUCCUAUAGUAGCGUACUAUUCUUUGUGAGCCUCCUACUAGAAUACCAAUUAAUAUAUGGUGGAAAACAUAAAAAGGAAAUGGUGAGCAUGACGAAAGAUGCAAGGAAGUGCUCACAUUGUGGGCACAAUUCAAGAACAUGUAAUUCGAAAGGAGUUGGCGGAAUCAAAUUAUUUGGAGUUCGGAUCGACGAUAAUUAUAAUAGUAACAGUAACAAUAAUAAUCAUGGUCAUGGUAACAUAAAAAUUAAGAUGCGGAAGAUAGGUGAUUAUGAAUCCAUAAGAAGGAGCAAAAGUUUAGGCAAUCUAGAACAUGCCGCGAAUUAUGACAACAUCGGUGGCGUUGAGGCGGGAUAUCUUUCUGAUGGGCCCAUUCAUUCUCUCAGACAUAGAAAAAAGGGGACAUCAUGGACUGAGGAAGAGCACCGGUGUUUUUUAAUUGGCUUAGAAAAGCUUGGAAAAGGUGAUUGGAGAGGAAUAUCAAAACAUUAUGUGCCUUCCAGAACGCCAACACAAGUAGCUAGUCAUGCUCAAAAAUAUUUCAUUAGAAUGUCCUCAAUUGAUAAAAAGAAACGUCGGCCUAGUGUUUUUGAUGUGUAUCUAAAAGAUCUGAAUCCACAGAUUCCCUCCAAGUGCUCACCUUCUAUCUCAAACAUGGUUUCUGAAGUCUCUAAGGAUGCAAGUUCCCGGGUGGUGCAACUGUUUGACACUUGCCAAAUUAAAGGACAGGCUAGCAAAGGUGUUCCUUGUGCAACUCGUGAAAGACCUCCACUUUCACCAUCACCAAUUAGUAGACCUUUUGGAGUCCGUAACUUACGCCACAUGCCUUACAUGAUGGGAGCUCCUCCGAAUAUCCAUAGCGUUACACCAGCCAAAGCAGGACCAACAAUCUCAUGGAUUCCCGUAGACAAUUUUCAUAAUCAAAGUCAUGUCCAUCUUCGAAAUUAUUCACAAGGUUCAACUUUGGCACCUUUUGUGGCACGGCCAACAAUUGGUGUAUCUUCACGGCCACCUCCUCAGGUGGCAUGCCAAAGAAACCAAUUAAAUGGAGAGAUGUAACAUAUUGAUACCAAAAUAUGAUUAAGUAAAGUAAUUAUAAGAAGAAGAAACCAGAAAGACUAAGAGCCCGUUUGGUAUUGUUGUUACAAAACUGUUUAUUUAAGAAGUACUUUUAUGAAAUAACUUUUCUCAGAAAAGUACUUUUGAAAAAAGUAAUUUGUGUUUGGUAAAUUCAUUUGAAAAGUACUUUUGAUAAACCGAUUGUGUUUGGAUAAUAUUUUUCAAAAAGUGUUUUUUUUAUUCAAAUGACCAAAAAGAACAUGUGUCAAUAUACUUUGACUGCUAACAUUAAUUCAUAGAGAAAUUUAUUUUACAUAUGUAUUAUAAUAUUUUUAAUUAAAAUUUUAUUUUUAUUUAAUUAAAAAGCACGUACUCUAAAAUUUUCAAUCAAUAUUUAUAUACAUAAAUACAUUAAAGCUAUUAAUAAUAAUUUAUUACUUAAAUAAUUUAAAUAUCACUUUGAAAUAUCAAAAAAAAUAUAUAAAAAUUAUUUCAUUAAUUAAAUCAUUAUUUAUGAAAAAAUUAAUUACAAAAAUAAUUAGUCCUUCAUAAAUCACAAAAUUCUCAAUGAUUUCUUCUCUAAUUUUACUAUGCAAUAUCUCCAUACUAGUAAAAGAUCUGUCUUGUAUUUCUGAAGGUAUACCAGAAGGUUCAUCUCCUUCUUCAUACAUGUAAACUACAUGAUAACAAAUAUGUCACUUUUCAUAAAUUAUUUAUUUAAAAUUAAAUAUUCUAGAAACAUUUACAAUUGUUGUCAAAAUAUCAUUCAUUCUUGCAACGUUAUUCAUCUGUCAUUUGUUAUUAUUAAUAAUCAAAACUAAAAAGUUAUUUAUUCUUC